AAAAAAGCAAUACACGAACUGAUUUGUGUAGUUAAAGUGUAUAUGAAAUUCGUUUGUACUCAUUGUAAAUUUUCGAGAAAAUGUUUUAAAACUGUGUAUUGGAACGAUUAAAGCCAUUUUUUAGACUGUAUUAAAUGCCAAUUGAUAUUUUGUGAUAUUAAACAAAAAUGCCUGGCAACGCCAAGGUGCAAUUGCCGCGAGCAAUGUUUAAGAGUGUGCCUCGGAUGCUGAUGACUCCAAUACUGAUUUUCGCUGCCUUUUGCUGUAUCAGCGCUCAAAAAGAAACCUCCCCUUUUUUUCCAUCCCAAAAUCGUUUCAUCCCAUCGUCAGGGCAGUUUCCAAGCAACUUUGGGACGGGCACGGAAGAUCGUUCAAAAGCCAGUACGAUUAGAUUUUCAAACACGCCAGGCUCAUAUCAUGAGCAAAUAGUUUUUAGUGAGAGCAACAACAACAAUAAGGACGCAGCCCACAAUACGCAGGUUGCGAAACCUUAUUGGCAGCCUGAAUACUACGAUGUUUCGCCACGCCCGUUUGGCGUGCCUGAGAAUUAUGACGCCACAAAAAAUGCCCCACAACUUAACGCACUGGCAAACGUUUUCACACGCCCUAAGGCCAUACGGAACGGUAGCACGAGCAACGGUAUUACUCAAGCAUCUCAACCGAAUCGCGGCAAUGUUCUGCAGCAACACACACAAUUUUCGACUCAUUCCACCAGUCCAACGAACGUGAAACAGCUGGAAAGCAACAUUUUUGACAAUAAUGCUCCUCCAUUACCUUCCCACAUUAUUCCUCAUCGCUACCAGAGAAAUUAUCAGGCGACCGCAAAGGCUACAAGAUCAUCGGUAACUGCAGAAAGUUCUGAGAUCAACCGCAACAACCGCUUUGGUAUAAGUCGCACCAAGCACACAACAACAACAUCUACAUCACUCCCAAUUAAGCAUAACACUUCUUUUUUAAAUCGAAAUAUCAGCAGUUCGCGUCGGCUCGUUUUUAACAGCAGUAUACAGAGCGAACACUCCCCUAAGCAACGACAUUUCGGCCUUAAUAAUGUACGUUUAAGACCUUUGCGCCCCUCUAGCAGUAUAGAGAGCAUAGAUGACACUAAGGAACAUAAAUUGGGUUCGCAGGAACAGCAAAAAGGGCAUUUAUUGGAGUCGGAACCGGCCGCUUUUGAGGAAAAAUUAAUACCUUCAAAAAAGGCCGAAGUAACAAAGACUCGGGGUCAUGACUCAAAUGAGGAACCCGUCAUAUUAACAUCCAACUUUUAUUUGUCUGAUGGCACGCGCAUGGAUGGAGCCUCUGGUAGUAUAGGUGUUUUAAGUGAUUUCAGCACAGACGGAAAUGAAGAUCUCCCUACAGAUUCUUCUGAGAUUAAGGAUUCUACGGAAAUUGUAACGGAUAUCAAGAAUGAUGAAAAUAUAUCCUCAACGGAAGAAAGCGAUCCCGAAACCACAGAGGAUCUGAUGAACACAUUAACUACAGAUCAGCCGGGCGACCACAGAUUAGUAGAGGCAACUAGUUUAGCACCAAGUAAAAACAACACGAUGGAAUAUUCCAUUGAAAAAGAAGACCAAGAUGAAUCGGAAUACGGAAGCGGGGAUGAAGAAGAUUUUGACGAAUAUGAAUACGACGAAGAAGACGGAUCGGGGGAAUAUAACAUUGGUAAAGAGACUACAGAAGAUGGGACCAUCAAAGAGAAAACUGAACGCGAAAUCAUUUCUGUCGUAACCACUAAAAGCAUUGUAAAUGGAUCUACGGCCUUCCCAGCGUCUGUUACACCUGGCACCUGGAUUGAGGAUAUCGACUCUUCGGCAAUGUCUGAAAAGGAAUAUAUGAAGACCAGUGGGGCUGAUAUUACUAUGCCAGCACCACAAGACGAUGGACAAAUCGAUCACAGUGCGACAUCUGUAACACAAUUAUUAGUCCCUUCCACACCGGAUGUAACCGAAAACUAUGUAGUGGUAGCCUCCGUUCAAACUAGUCGAAGCAUCAAUGGGGCACGAUUCUUGCCCUUCCCGUCUAUUGAACAGGAGGAAACAAAGAAAACAUUAUCGGAACUAGAACGGAAAGUGCACUUAAAGCAACAACACACACAGUUCGACACAAGUCGAGAAGAAACAAGGGAGAACACAGAAUUUUCUACCAACACUUCUCCGACGGAAACAUUGCCCACAUUGGAAAACGAAACAUCCACCUCACAGCUUGCGAUCACAGAUUUAUAUUCCACAGAGGAAAGCAUAAUUGAUAAACUUGAUCGCGUGCAGUCGGAGCUAUCCAGCGGACUACUCUCCGGCAAAUAUCCCGUCAUCAAUGAAAUGGAUGCGUCUGCUACAGUUGCGCCCGUGACGCCAAGAGCGGAAUAUGUAUUGCCACACAUACGCAAGUUCGUCCCAAAAACUACAACCAUGAUGCCGCAUACCACGACUAGUGGCAAUAAAUUAAGGGUACCACACAUUAAAGAAGUAGCAGUAGAUGAUUUGUCGUCCCUUUUGCCAAUGGGCUUUAAGCCGAAAACAAGCUAUAAAAAUUGGAAAAUCACAACUUCUACCUCCACAACAACAAAAAUGCCAACCACUGUUAACCAUCCAAGCAAACCAUCACGAAACUCAAGCAUUAGUCGCUCUUUUAGAAACGGUGGCGUUGUCCUGCAGGAUAUUGAGCUAAUUGGUCUAUUACCAAAGGGCUAUAAGUUGCCGAAGAUAAUGACAACGCCGACCCCCACAUCGACCAUAAUCAUAUCAAAAGAAACAGAUUUUGAAAGUAUAUUCAGAAAAACAAAAUUUGAUGAUAGCCUGGCGGCACUACUGCCCAAGGACUAUAAUAUAAAAAUCACCCAAAUGCCAAAAGUCGAGAAUCUCCCAAAACAUGGCGACAUUAGUAAAGGUCUGCCUCCGGACGAUAAUCAUUCCAAGGAGGAAGAGCCAAAAGCUGAACUGUCUAGUAGUGUGCUGCUUACAAAAAUAAAAGACAUACAGAAGUUUCUACCACCUGGUUACGAACUCAAUAAAACGGAUGAUAACUUAUCUGUGCAGCCCAAACAGAAAGUUUACUCUUCUUCACUCAGGCCACCACUGACAGUAGUAACUACUCCACAGACCAAUGAAGCACCUGUCAAAGAGUUAAGCAACACUAGCGGUAGUCUUAAGGUAGUUUUUCCCAAGGGCUUCCAUAAGCGGAUCGGUUCCCAUAGACUCACCACACCCCACACACUGCAUGACUUGAACGAAGAGCGCUCAUCACCACCCGUAGUCAUAAAAAAGGGACCUCCUACUCGUGCUUCUACAGAAUUUACCGGAUGGCCCACGUCACCUACGACGCCGCUUUCUAUUGAAAAAAUGUCCGUACAGGUUAUAAGUUUUGAGGAUCUGCUGGCAAAAAGCACUACUACCAGUAUUCCUAUAGAAACAUCAACAGAUACAACAACGACCACUACAACGCAACGACCGACAAAGCCAGGACACUGCAAGGCAAACUGCGAUCUAGCAGGUACAAUCAAAAUAAUUGGAGGUGUAACUUGGAAGCCAGAGCUCCUCGAUCACAACACCCAGGAAUGGAAAAACCUAGCGCAUGAGCUGGAAACCCAACUUAAUGAGAUUUUCUCUACUGGCGCACAGCUUCGCCAAUGGUACAACAAAGUUCGGAUUGACAGCUUUAGUAAGGGCAGCGUACUUGUCGAUUAUUAUGUCGAAUUUUCUAACAUUACACAGGAUGUUGACACCUUGGAAAUCAAGCAACUGUUUCACGAUGCACUCAAGCAGCCCUCCAUGCAUAGCCCGCCUAUAAUUUCGGAGUUGGAGGACGAAACGAAUAUUGCCUUCGAGACCUUGAAACAGAACCAAUCGUUAAACUAUAGCUAUCAAAUGGGAAAGUAUUUGAUCGACCCCGUAGCUACCGAGUUCAGUGUAAUUGCUAAAAAUGUACAGACAAAUGUGGAGUACGCCGAAGAGGAUCUUUUUAUACCACAAUGGGCUAUUGUGGUUAUUGUAAUUGGCAUUGGCUCAUUGGUAUUUGUAGUCAUAUUCGGCGUGACAGUGCUUCUUAACCGUCAGAAGCGAGCAAAAAAGGUACCGAUACCCCUAACAAAUGAUAUGCUAAAUGAACUAAAAGUCAAUCACAUGAGUGGCGCUGACAACUAUGGAAUUGAUGAUUUUUACAACAUUGACGAUCCUUGGAAAGACACAAAAUCCAAGCGCUUCGAUAACUCUGUGAAUGGAGGCAACAAUUUUAAUAUAUACGACAGUUGGCGUUCCAAUCGUAGCCCGCUCAAUGGCACCGACUACUUAUACGAUCAGCAGCUGAAUCUUUCACAAAAAGUAGACUCCCUUAAGCGCCAAAACCUUAACCAGCACUCUCAGUACAUUGGUCAUCAGUAUCCAGAUGCAUUUGCCAAUGCCCAACAGAUGUACAACUACAAUCAUAAUACGAGUCGAGCACGAUACCCUCGCGAUUACGACCCAGACUUCUAAAGGUCCCAGGCACAGCCCGUGUUAUAGCUUUAUGCUUCGUCUACUCAUUUGGACGUUGUUCUCGUGUAAACUUUAUAGUUAAAGUUUAUAUAUUUUAUAUACAUACGUACAUAAAUAA